AUGAGCUAUUUUCUUGGAAUUGAGGUCAGAAAUCAACCAGACAAUUCAGUUGUACUCAGUCAAACAAAGUACAUAAAGGAUUUGCUGAAGAAUGCUGCCAUGAGUGAUGCAAAAGGCAUGCUGACCCCUAUGACUUUAGCACUAAAACUUUCUGUAUCAGGUGACGCCAAAGUUCAUAAUUCACAACUAUACAGGUCAAUCAUUGGUGGGCUGCAAUAUACAACCAUUUCUAGGCUUGACAUCACCUUUACAGGUAAUGAUAUUGAUGAUAGAAAGUCCACCAAUGGUUUCUGCAUCUACCUGGGUCCGAACCUGAUAUCUUGGGCAAGUAAAAAACAAGAUGUUGUCUCAAGAAGUAGCACCGAAGCAUAA